UGUACGGACAUUCAUUACAGGUCUCUAACUGGAGAAGGAAACUUCAACUGGAGAUUCAUUUUUCCGUUUGAUUAUUUGCCUGCGGAAGAAAAGAUAGUCAUUUCCAGAAAGGAAUCGCUGUUUUCUUGGGACGAGACUGAGUGUAAGAUCCCUGCUCGACUGGAGCUCCAAGUCUGGGAUGCUGACCAUUUCUCAGCCGAUGAUUUCUUGGGUGCCAUAACUCUCGAUCUGAAUCGUUUUCCACGCGGUGCCAAAUCGUCGAGGCUCUGCACUUUGAACGUGCUAAAAGCAGAUGGUAAUGUCCCCACCGUGUCUCUCUUUAAACAACGACGUUUGAAAGGAUGGUGGCCUUUUUAUGUCAAGAAAGAAAACGAAGAAAUGGAACUAACGGGUAAAGUUGAAGCUGAACUUCACUUGUUAACAAAAGAAGAAGCAGACAAGGCACCAGCUGGUAUGGGACGUGGAGAACCAGACCCUCUUGACAAGCCAAA